UCUAUAUAUAUAGACUACAUUCUAAUAGAAGUCUCUCAUCAAUCUAAGUUUACUUCCGCAUUUUAAUCUCUAAGAAGAGCACUUCUAGGGAAUGAUGGGAUCUUCAUUGCUGCUCGCUCAAUUUAUCUGCCUCCUUCUCUUCCAUUCGCACUCCCAACCUACUCAUUCUUCUUCCAAUAUCUCCUCCUCAGUACAAUUAUGCCCCGGUGACCAGAGCCUGGCUUUGCUCCAAUUCAAAAAUUCCUUUCCCAUGCCUUCUUCUCCAUAUAGAUUUUCAUGUUAUCCACCCAAGAAAGUGCUGUGGAAAGAGGGUACAGAUUGCUGCUCUUGGGAUGGCGUGACAUGCAACAUGAAAACUGGCCAUGUAAUUGGCCUAGACCUUGGUUGCAGCAUGCUUUAUGGCACCCUCCAUUCUAACAGCACUCUCUUCUCCCUUCAUCAUCUUCAGAAGCUCGAUCUCUCUCGCAAUGACUUCAAUCGCUCUGUCAUUUCAUCAUCCUUUGGUCGGUUCUUGCAUUUGACGCAUUUAAAUCUAAAUUCAUCGAAUUUUGCAGGCCAAGUUCCCCCAGAAAUCUCCCAUCUAUCCAGAUUGGUGUCCCUUGGUCUCUCUUCCAACUCUGAGGAGCUGAUGCUGGAACCGAUUUCUUUCAACAAGCUUGCUCAGAACCUGACCCAGCUGAGAGAACUCUACUUGGGUGGAGUGAACAUGUCUUUGGUGGUACCCAGUUCCUUGAUGAACUUGUCUUCUUCUUUGUCAUCUCUCCAACUCUGGCGUUGUGGAUUGAAAGGGGAACUCCCUGAUAAUUUAUUUCGCCGAUCAAACCUUCAAUGGCUCGAUUUAUGGAGCAACGAGGGACUGACUGGCUCUUUUCCGAAAUACAAUUUGAGCACUGCUCUUUCGCAUUUGGAUCUGUCAUAUACGCGGAUCUCAAUUCAUUUGGAACCAGAUUCGAUCAGUCAUCUGAAGUCCGUGGAGAAGAUGUAUCUUAGUGGGUGCAAUUUUGUUGGCUCGAACCUGGAUCUACUUGGUAACCUCACUCAACUCAUUGAGUUGGGACUUGCAGGUAACCAGUUUGGUGGUCAAAUCCCUUUCUCCCUGGGAAAACUUAAGCAACUCAAGUACUUGCAUCUUGGAAACAAUAGUUUUAUGGGUCCAAUUCCGGAUAGUUUGUUUAAACUCACACAGCUUGAAUGGUUGGACCUCUCGUACAAUAGACUAAUAGGUCUGAUCCCAUUUCAAAUAAGCAUGCUUUCAAAUCUAACCGCACUACUUUUAUCUAAUAAUCAACUGAUAGGACGCAUCCCAUCACAAAUAAGUAGGCUUUCAAGUUUAAUCAUUGUCGACUUGUCCCAUAACUUGCUCAAUGGAACAAUUCCAUCCUCCUUAUUUUCCAUGCCUUCAUUGCAUUUUCUUCUUUUAUUUUCAUGUUAUCCACCCAAGAAAGUGCUGUGGAAAGAGGGUACAGAUUGCUGCUCUUGGGAUGGCGUGACAUGCAACAUGAAAACUGGCCAUGUAAUUGGCCUAGACCUUGGUUGCAGCAUGCUUUAUGGCACCCUCCAUUCUAACAGCACUCUCUUCUCCCUUCAUCAUCUUCAGAAGCUUGAUCUCUAUCGCAAUGACUUCAAUCGCUCUGUCAUUUCAUCUUCCUUUGGUCAGUUCUUGCGUUUGACGCAUUUAAAUCUAAAUUCAUCGAAUUUUGCAGGCCAAGUUCCCCCAAAAAUCUCCCAUUUAUCCAGAUUGGUGUCACUUGAUCUCUCUUCCAACUCUGAGGAGCUGAUGCUAGAACCGAUUUCUUUCAACAAGCUUGCUCAGAACCUUACCCAGCUGAGCGAACUCUACUUGGGUGGAGUGAACAUGUCUUUGGUGGUACCCAGUUCCUUGAUGAACUUGUCUUCUUCUUUGUCAACUCUCCAACUAUGGCGUUGUGGAUUGAAAGGGGAACUCCCUGAUAAUUUAUUUCGCCGAUCAAACCUUCAGUGGCUCGAUUUAUGGAGCAACGAAGAACUUACUGGCUCUUUUCCGCCAUACAAUUUGAGCAAUGCUCUUUCGCAUUUGGAUCUGUCAUAUACGCGGAUCUCAAUUCAUUUGGAACCAGAUUCGAUCAGUCAUCUGAAGUCCGUGGAGAAGAUGUAUCUUAGUGGGUGCAAUUUUGUUGGCUCGAACCUGGAUCUACUUGGUAACCUCACUCAACUCAUUGAGUUGGGCCUUGCAGACAACAGCCUGAGUGGUCCUUUGCCAACAGAGUAUUUCAACAACUUCAAAGCCAUGAUGAGCAUUGAUCAGGAUAUGGAUUACAUGAGGACAAAAAAUGUAUCUACUACUUAUGUUUUUUCUGUGCAAUUGGCAUGGAAAGGUUCGAAGACUGUGUUUCCUAAAAUUCAAAUUGCGCUCACGACACUUGAUUUAUCCUGCAAUAAAUUCACGGGAAAGAUUCCAGAGUCCCUCGGGAAGCUUAAAUCUCUGAAACAGCUCAACCUUUCUCACAACAGCCUCAUUGGUGGUAUCCAGCCGUCAUUGGGGAAUUUAACUAAUCUGGAGUCGUUGGAUCUCUCUUCAAAUCUGCUUGCUGGAAGGAUUCCUCAGGAACUGGUAGCUUUAACAUUUCUUCAAGUCCUGAACCUUUCGUAUAACCAACUUGAGGGACCCAUACCUCUAGGUAAGCAGUUCAAUACAUUUGAAAAAGGUUCAUUCGAAGGGAACGUGGGAUUAUGUGGGUUUCCCUUGCAAGUAAAAUGCAACAAAGACGAGGGGCAACAACCGCCUCCGUCAAACUUCGAGAAAGAAGAUUCAAUGUUUGAAGAGGGAUUUGGAUGGCAAGCUGUAGCAAUGGGUUAUGGAUGUGGAUUUGUCUUUGGAGUCUCUAUAGGAUAUGUUGUAUUUAGAGCAAGAAAAGCUGCAUGGUUUGUGAAAAUGGUUGAAGACAGUGCCCAUCAAUAUGGUAAAAGGCUUAGAAGGGAGAAUGCUCCCAGAAAUGGUGGAAGACGAUACUAGCUACUCAGGGCAGUGUGAGAAGAUCAAUAAUGGCAGCAGUCAAGAAGAGGGAAUCAUCUUCCAGGCUAGUGCCGCUGCUUUUUAUUUUUUGUACGUCGUGUGUUUGGUUAUAUAAACCAUCCUUAUAGUUAACUUUUGAAAACAAAAUGUAAAAACCUAUU